AGGAAAGAUGCCGCCAAUUCCUCAAAAUCCCUGAAAAUGGAGCGGCGAAGGAAGGAAACCGCGCGCACCUUCCCGCUUUCCACCUCUCGAAACUUCCCCCAAAACCGCACGCGCCUGCCGCCAUCGGAGCCUCGUCCCCAGACCGCACGCCAAGGCGAAGCCACGACCCACGGCAUCAACACGACCGCCGUCUCCUCCACUGCUCCGCCGCCAGCCACGCCCACUGCCGCGCGCGGCGAGGACCUGCAGGCCACCGCCUCAUCCGCCCCCAUCGACUUGCCGGAUUGUGAUGAAGAGAAAAUAUAGUAUUCUUGCUUAGAGCUCAACAAGACCGUCAGCCUAUUGCUCUUCCUCAGUUCAUCAUAAUGGAAUGCAACAAGGAAGAAGCUUCAAGAGCCAAGGAUGUCGCUGAAAGAAGGCUGCAAGAAGCGGACUUUCCUGGUGCCAAAAAGAUGGUUCUCAAGGCUCACCGGCUUUUUCCUGGCCUUGAAAAUAUUUCUCAAAUGCUUGCCGUUUGUGAAGUUCAUUGCUCUGCUUCUGUUAAGAUCAAUGGGGAGACAGACUGGUAUGGAAUUCUUCAAGUAGAACCAACUGCAGAUGACAUGGUGCUUAAGAAACAGUACCGUAAACUUGCUCUUUUACUUCAUCCUGAUAAGAACAAAUUUGCUGGUGCUGAAGCUGCUUUUAAGUUAAUUGGUGAAGCUCACAUGACAUUGACAGACCAAGUAAAGCGUCAUUCCCAUGACAAUAAAAGGAAACCAGUUUUUGCAACUUCCAUCCCUGUGCCAAAGAAGCGGGGACGAGCAUCAAAGAAAACUGAUCCUGCUCAUAAGAGGGACAACAAGGAGAACUCUUGUGUUCCAGAUAUCAAGAAGACUCCACAGCAACAGGCUGGAAAGUCAGCUGAAUUUCCUAGUUUCUGGACAAUUUGCCUGACUUGUGGGAAAAAAUACCAGUAUCCAUGUAGUUUUCUUAUGAAAUUUGUCCUCUGUCAGAUCUGUUCAAGGAGAUUUCUUGCCUUUGAUUUGUCCAAGAAAUCUGUUCCUGCCCAAGUAGACGCAGAAUAUCCAUCGAGUGGAUUUGGGACGCAACCACAAAAGUUCCCUCCUAGUCAGCAAGCUGAUGCCAGUAACCAGCAACAUAAUCCUCACCAGCAAAAUCAGAGUUUUCCUGGUUGGCAAAAUCCUAUUACCGGCCAUCCAACUCAUCCCACUCACCAGCAAUCCAAGAAUGUUCCUAAUCACCAAACUCCUACUGCUGACCAACAACGGCAGUCUCAUAGAUUUCCACCUAGUACAGGAUCAGAGAAUGUUAUCAGCUCCGAGGCUUCAGGCGAUCCUAACAAAAAAGGAGCCACAUAUAGUAAUCUCCCAGCUAAGGCUGGGAUAUGCAAUAGCACGAAGGUACCAAGAGCAUCAUUCAAAGAAGAAAAUGGUGCAGGUAGAGCUGAAUCGCUGUUUGUGUAUUCUGAUAAACUUUCACCUAUAAACAUGCAGAAAAAAGGAAUACAGUCUCAGCAUGUUCCUGGUCAGCAAACUCCUAUUGUGAAUCAGCAAGAUCAGUCACAGAAACCCACUUUUAAUGCAGGGUUGGAUAAUACUGUGAGUUCCCAGGGUGCAGGUAAUCCUAACAGCAAGGGGACAGCAGACAAUAAUGUCAGAGCUAAUGCCAGGUCAUGCAAUAGCAUGAAGUCACCAAGAGCAGCACCUAAUGAGGAAAAUGAUUCAAUCAGAACUGAGUCACCACUUGCGAGUUCUGAUAAAGUUUCACCUGCAAACAUGGGAAAAAGGGCAAGGGAGGUAGCUACAGAAUCCAGAUAUCCAGUCUCAAUGCAUGGAAAAAAGGACCAGUCUAUGGAAUGUGUCCGUAAUGUGGCCGGUGCAGUCAAAACAGGGCAGAAUCCUAAGAGAUCAAGCCAACAGGAAAAUAUCAGUAAUGAGGAUGGAAGUGGUGGUUGCAGAGAAGGCAUUGAUAAUCUUCAUGAUUCUCCUGUGGCGAAGAGGAUCAGGAAAGGGUACUCUUCAUGUAAUGCUGACAGAACUGGUGGGUCGAUAAAUGAAGACGGCAACGUUCACAACACACAAAGACGUAGUAUUCCAGUUACAAAGAAGACUCCAAAUAAAAGUGGGGAGGUGGUCAAUGGCUUGUAUGAUAAUGAGAAACAAGGAGCAAGUAAGAAAGAGGAAAUGCCUAACUCUGAAAGGAAUGGCAGUGUCAGAUCUGUGGGCGAUGCCAAUGGUGGUGUCUCAUAUCCAGAUCCAGAGUUUUAUGACUUUGAGGAAAAUAGGCGUGCAGAUCAAUUCAAAGCUGAUCAAAUAUGGGCAGUUUAUGAUGACAAUGAUUCCAUGCCAAGGUACUAUGCUCGAAUUAAGCAGGUUUACUCUCCAAACUUCAUGCUGUCAUUCAGCUGGUUAGAGUUUGACCCUGUGAAUGAUGCUGAGAAGGCAUGGUCUUCUAAGGAGCUGCCUGUUGCUUGUGGUAGUUUCAGAAUUGGGAAAACGACCUUUACAGAAGAUAGAAACAUGUUUUCCCAUGUAGUUGCUUGGACAAAGGGAAGGAAGAGAAAUAGCUAUGAGAUUCAUCCUGUGAAAGGCGAUGUAUGGGCCCUCCUUAAGGGAUGCGAGUUUAACUGGAGUUCAGAUUCUAGUGAUCAUAAGCACUGCAGUUAUGACAUUGUAGAAAUAAAAUCAGACUUCACUGUGGGUACUGGCAUAUAUGUCACUCCAUUAAUGAAGGUUAAGGGUUUUGUCAGCCUUUUUGUGCGACCGGACAAGGAAGAACCAUAUUUGAUUCCUGGUGGUGACAAACUAAGGUUUUCACACAACAUUCCUUUUCAUAGGUUGUCAGGAGCUGAUAGGCAGCAUAUCCCUAAUGGUGCCCUUGAGCUGGAUCCUGCAUCUCUGCCUUCUAACUUGGAAGAAGCAUCUUCGCCUGUAGACCUUGGCAGGAACGUUUUUAGCACUCAGAAAGGUAAUAUUGGAGGCAAUGUUUCGUCUACUGGAAACUCUCUGAAGUGUGAAAUGCCAGUUGGUAAGACCAAACAGGGUCUGGAUAGUGCUGCUACACAAGGAUGACGUUAAUAGUGGAUUUUGGUUAUCAAAAUGUAGUACACUGUUGACAAAGCUGCAGCACUGAGAUGCUUGUUUUUGUUGUUGGUUGUACCUAGUGUCAAGUAGGCGAGUUAGGUACUUAGCUAGUUAGGUUAUUAGGUUGCUAUGCUAUAUUGCUGCUUGAUGCCAAGUAAUCUGAAGGUUUCUUUAUGCUUUGUCUUACCUUAGAACUAUGUUCUGCAUCGUUGAGUUACGCUCAGAAAGUGGGCUUGUUUUACAGUACUCCUUCUGCAUGCAAUUCUGUAACUGAAAUAUGCUUGAAAAGAAACAGGAGACAGUGGCAUUUAUUUCAA